UUCUAAGGUAAUGACAUAAAAUUACACAUUAUAAAGUCCCAUCGCCUUACCAGCUUUUUCCGUAAUUCCCUCCAAUGAACUCCAGAGGCUCAAAUUAAAACCUAUCCUUCCUCAGACAUUUGCUCUUCAAUCUCACUUAUAACAUGUGUUCUUCCAGCAGGCAGAUCUGCAGCGAAAACUAAAGAAAUCUAUCAGUCAUGGGGGUAUAUUUUGAAGAGUAUAGCCCUAUUUUACCUCAUUUGUGCCAUGAUAAUUCCUGGCCUCUACCAAACGAACACUUUUGGAAUUGUCAACAUCACCAAGACAAUCAAAGACUCCACGGCUGAUUUUUUCGGUGUCAAUUUAUUUUCCGUGGAAACAGCGAGUGCUGACGUGAAAGAAGCCAUCGAAAAAUACGACGAAGUAGCUGAUCACGAAUCGAAUGCAACGAAUUUACAUAUAAAUGAGACUAUUCAUGCAGGAUUGGUACGUAAUAACAUCGCAAAUACGGUACAAGAAGCGAAGAUGGACCCAGAAGAUUUGAAGUUGGUUCAAUCGAGUAUCGAAAAAGUGACUGAAAAGGCUCAAAAUGAAACAGAAACUUUUAAACACACUGGAGUGAGAUACUAUGUCCCGUCAUGGCCAGCACGUGAAAAAACUAAUUCCAUUGAAAAUAUUACAAGUCGUGAGGACAAGUCAGGUAACAAAAUCAAUGAUCUUAACGAGAAAGAUGAUUCAGAAUCGAGCUCAGUCAUGUCGAGCAUAAUCGAUAACCUCAAACGGCGUUUGGUCUCCAGCAUUCAUCAAAAUAUCAUUACUCUGCUCCACCGAACGUUGUUUCCGACUUCACGAAAUGCUGCAGACGAAAAAUCCAGCAAUGACGUAGUUUCCAUUGCGUUGGAUUUCUUGGGAGUUGAGGACGAAGAAUUUGGCAGCCGCUGCCGUGAGAAACUGGUGUGUGACGCCCGCAAGCUCGCGGCCAGUCUGCCUUACGUCUCCGCUUGGUUCAGGUGCGUCACUAGCGGCCAGUCUGCCGUACGUCUCCGCGUGGUUCAGGUGCGUCACUAG